AUGCUCAAUCACCCCGAGCCCUCGAAUCGCAUCGCCGUCUGGGUGCAAGACGUGUUCCCCAAGCUACGUGAAGCACUCAACGAUGAUCCCAACACUGUAUCCGACAGUACUUUAGCAGCAGUGAUAAUGAUGGCGAGUCUGGAGGUUAUAUCUUCUGGGACAUUCGAGGUCCCCGUAUCCUGGCAAAGCCAUCUAACCAUGGCACGCCAGAUGAUCAUCCAGCGUGGCGGACCAAAGGGCAUGGGGCGGCAUGAUCGUGUAGCCUACUUCCUGUCGCGUUGGUUCGCAUACCUCGACGUCCUCGGCUCACUGAGUGGCAACAAGAACGACACACCUCUUGGCUCCUUCUACUGGUCUAGCGAAAACGCUUCCGCGGACGAAGAUUUUGAGAUUGACUGUCUAAUGGGCUUUACAACAAGAUGUGUAGGAUCUUUGGCUCGCGUUUCUGAACUAGCGAAGCGCUGUGAACCGCAGCGCAUCGACGAAGAAGGCAAUGUGAGGGAGGGCUGGACCCCUAGCCCUGAGAUUGUAGAGGAAGCCGUUGAGCUUCGUCAUGCACUGGAGGAAGGCUUACUGGGCCGCAACAUCAGGAAAGGAUGCAACCACCGCUCGAGUACUUCCUCUGAGUCUGAAGGUGCAUGGGAUGCAACCGAGAUCUACGCGACCAACGAAUUAUUCCACUGGGCGGGUCUAAUUCACUUGUAUCGUCGCGUUCUCGGAAAACCCGCCAUGGACCACGAAGUUCAGCAAGCCGUGCGAGAGAUUGUGGGCCUACUGUACAAGAUCCGGAGAGGAAGUACAGCAGAAGCAUGUUUGAUCUUUCCCAUGUUUGCUGCUGGCUGCGAUGCGCAAGACGAAGGACAGAGGGAGAAGAUCAUCGAGCGGCUGAGGAGUGUGGAGGGCUUCGGACUGAACCAUGUACCCAAGAUCAGUACGCUCAUGAAGAGCGUCUGGGAUACCGGUAAGCCGUGGGAGUCGCUCGUCUCUGGCGAGUUCUUCGGUUGA